AUGGUUAUAAAGAUCAAAGUAGAGUUUCUUGGAGGGCUUGAUGUUAUAUCUUCGUCAAUAAGAGAACAUAAAGUUGUACUCCCGUUUGAAGAAGGCGAGGCUACCAUGAAGGAAGCUAUCAAGUUUAUAUGUGACAACAUCAUCACUGAUCCCAAAGAUAUACCUGUUUUCAUUGAGGAUGACAGUGUACGACCAGGAAUAUUGGUGCUCAUUAAUGAUACUGAUUGGGAAUUGGAAGGUAUGGAAGACUAUGUUGUUGAAAGUGGAGAUGUCUUGACCUUUACAAGUACGUUGCAUGGUGGUUGA